CACACACAAACACUACUAUUCAAAUUUAAAAAAAAAAAAAGUAAAGAGAGAGAAAUGUCAGGAAGAGGAAAGGGAGGUAAAGGAUUGGGAAAGGGAGGAGCAAAACGGCAUCGUAAGGUCCUCCGUGACAACAUUCAGGGCAUCACCAAGCCCGCCAUCCGUCGAUUGGCUCGCCGAGGCGGUGUGAAGCGUAUCAGCGGUCUGAUUUACGAGGAGACACGUGGCGUGUUGAAGAUCUUUUUGGAGAAUGUGAUUCGUGACGCCGUGACUUACACUGAACACGCUCGCCGGAAAACCGUCACGGCGAUGGAUGUGGUUUACGCCUUGAAACGCCAGGGCCGUACACUUUAUGGUUUCGGUGGUUAAUUCAGUUAGAUUGUUUUUAGGGUUUGUUGCCGUCUGAUAUAUAUAAUAUAUAUAUACAGAUCUGAUUUUCGUUUAAUAGUUUUUAGAUCCAGUUUAGUAGUAUGAUAUUAAUAUCUCCGUGUAGCUGAAUGUUGAUUUCCAAUUUUAUAAAUAAAUAACUACAAAUUAAUCUAUUAUGUCUCUUU